GUGCAAGUCAAAUCCGACUUUCAACUUUGCUGCCUCUAGUCACCGAUAUUCUACUCGAUGCUGCGCCCCUUCUGCCCAUUCGCUGCACAACACCUAUUCGACUACAGCUCGUGGUCGACUUAGCACUUGAGUUGCUUGGUUGAGUAAAUCUGCCAGCAUUUGUUAUAAGACCAGAGAAUACCUCCCACUUCAGCAUUUACUCUGGUGCGAUCCGUCACUGUCGUACUUCUGUAGCACACCUCCCUUGCCGUUUCCAUUCUCGGUUACUUUGAGCGCACAGAAACCCGGUCCGCCCAAUUCGCAUCCAGCCAACAUGCUCUCCCAACAAUUCGAAGAUCUUCCACAGAUCCAGUACGGGGAUGAUGCCCGCUUCCAGGGCUGGUCUUCUGACUACUGUAGCUAUCCAUAUGCUGAUAAGCAACACUUGGCUGGCUUUCAUGUCGUUGAAGAUAAUCUAUGUAUCGACAGCCUCGAAGAUGGCAUGAGCAUGCAGCCAAUACACCGCUUCAUGUUCGAUCCAUCACCGCAAUCCUUUGGUUUGUUACAAGCCAACUUUCCGUUACAAAGUCAGCACCAGAGGCAAUUCGCCUGUCAAUGGCCUUCGACCGACUGCUUCCGCAAUGCUUCACCUGAUCGGACAUCAGUGUCUGGAACAUCGACCUAUGCUUCUCAGAACGAAGUGCACUCGCCAUAUCCCUACAGUACUGUGACCUAUGGAAGUCCAGUCGAAUCCUUCCAGCAUGCUCUACCAUACCAUGCCGGCGAUCAGUUCAGUGAUAUACCACAUAUACUUGGCCCCUCGGGGGCAAGUAUCAGCCUGAAGGAGAUUGAAUAUACGCGCCACGAUUCCGAGUCCGAGCCCAUAACUGAAGAGGUUGACACCACCAGCGUUAAGGAUGAGCCCACCAUCGAUGCUGAGCAGGUCUUAGUCAAGACUGAGCAUGAUACCAACAUAUACAGAGACGACUACACAGAUUCCGGUAUUGGCAACUCAGUUCGAGACGCCGAGUCUGUUCAGCCCGUCAAUGUCAAGGAGGAAUCUGACGAAGACUCGGACUACGAACCAAACAACCGGGGCAGCAAGCGAAAGCGAUCUGGCACCCACGCCGCUCGAGCUCCAAGGCGACGCAUUGGUGCUCGCAAAGACUCCGUAGUGAGCAUUUCAAGCGCCAUCAAGUCAGGCCGACGAGCUCGCGGUACACUCAAGUCCAAUAUCGAAAGCCAAUACCAAGAGGACUGUCGACCCUUCCCCUGCCCACUCGCCGCCUACAACUGCAAGUCGACGUUCGCUUCCAAGAACGAAUGGAAGCGUCACGUCAGUACGCAGCACAUCAAGCUUGGAUAUUGGCGCUGCGAUCUCUGCGCACCUAGCACCGACUCUAAUGACCCUUCCGUACUCUACUACAAUGACUUCAACCGUAAAGACCUCUUCACGCAGCAUCUCCGUCGCAUGCACGCUGCGCAAGGCUCUGGCGCUCGCCACAAUAAGGAGCAUCCAGUCAAUGAGGAGAACAUCGGAGAUCACCAGGCGCGCUGCUACCUCCAGCUUCGUUGCGCUCCUCAGCAAUCCAUCUGCCCAUACCGUAACUGCGAUCGCGAGUUCAUUGGCCCAUCGAGCUGGGACGAGCGCAUGGAACAUGUUGGACGCCACAUGGAAAAGGACAGGAAGAAUGGUGCCAACAUUCUUGACAUCGCGAGCUGGAACGUCGAUACCGCUCUUCAGCAGUACCUCAUUGACGAAGACCUAGUCGUCUGGGAGCACGGCACGUGGAAGACUGGCGAUGGCAAAUUGCGACGAGUUGGCAGCGAUUCCAGCGAUGACGGCUAUUGAUCCUUGCCUGAGCAGCAAGUCCAUGCUACGAAUCUCUUUAGAACCUGAUACCCUGAGGCGUUUUGCAUACAUUUACACUAGCAUUCUCUUGAGUAGAUGCACUUUCGGUCAUUCUGCAUAUCCGAACUCGAUUAUGAGCAUAAUUCAUACUGUUUUCUGAUCACCAUACACAAAAUGUUC